GCAUUGUUGCGAGACACGCUUGUCAUCCUUCCCAUCGCUACAUGGCUGCUCGUCUUGGCACAGUGUUGCGUUGGCUCGGACGUGCUCUCUUGGAGGUCGCUCUACGAGAUGCAACACGAGGCAUGGCGCGCUCACUACCGCGAGAUUUUCGAUCGCGGCAUUCGAGAGCUGCUUUGCUGCCUUGGGCGAUCGAGAUAUCUGACAACCAUGGAUGAAGACGAGGUUGAUACGGUGGCAGCACUUUUAGGCGAUCUCGUUGCAUACCGUGCUGCCGGUGCAAGCCAUCUCGAGUUUCUCGCUGGUGUUGCUCUUCUGAGAACUCGCAAGUCCAAGCCUCCAGUUCCGAAAGAUCUCCCUCCGGCUCCCGGUCCUCUGGUCACAGAAGCUGCUCUUCUCCAUCCAUAUGCCGUGGCUGCGUACACGGGACCAUUGCUGGACAUUGGACGCACACCGCUACUCUUUCCCUGUGCUUGGAUGUACCGGCAAGGACUCCUCAGCUUAUGGAACCGCAGAAGGAGCCCGAGUGUCGACGGUGAUAAUUGGUGGCGAGGCCAUGCGACUGCGUUCCUUCGUGCUGCUCGCCUCCCAGCCGAGGCGCUCUUGAAAGGAAGGAUUCACCAGAGAAACCGAGAGACAGUCUACUUCGUGAUUGAGUUGAAGGAACUCAAGUUGGUUGUUGUCGCUGUUCGUGGGACUGAAACACCGGAGGAUCUUCUCACAGAUGGCCUGGGACGUGAAUGCAUCCUUGCCGACACUGAUUUUCAAGGAUUGUUCAUGUCUGGUCAUUUGUCUGACACAGCAAAGCGUGAAAUCUCGUCGUCAAAUCCUCACUAUGGCCAUGCCGGUGUGGUGGCGGCGGCCAGAGAGCUUGCCUUCGAGCUGGACAGCCCUGAAGAUAAUCCCGAGCUUUCAGCAGGCAGCUCUGGAUCAUCGAAAAAAACUGGUUUUCUGACUUCCAUACUCGGUCCCGGUGGGAAGUGUGAAGGCUUUUCUUUGAGAUUUACCGGACACUCGCUGGGUGGAUCGAUUGCUGCUAUGGCAGGAAUGAUGCUAUGGCACCGCUUUCCAAACUUACACACUUACGGAUAUGGCGUUCUUCCCUGUGUCGACGCUGUUAUCGCAGAAGCGUGCUCACCAUUUGUAACAAGUGUUGUGUAUAACGACGAGUUUGCAUCGAGGAUGUCCGUGGCUUCGCUAAUGAGGCUCCGCGCGGCCUCGCUUCGAGCUCUAGCAGCGGACUCGGACACCUCCGAGUCGGCAGUGAUAGCGAGAGUGGCCAGAAGGCUCUUCGGCUCAUGGAGGCGAGGCAAAGCUUCCAAUGGAGUGGCCACUGGCAAAACUUCCAAUGGAGGAGCCACUAACGAAGACUCCAAUCCAAGUCCCGGUGGAGCAACGCAGUACAAGCGUGGCAAAUGCGGCCACAAGCUCAAAGGUGGAGCCUUUCUUUGCUACCAUGCUUGUCACUGUGUCAUGGGCAUGCCCAAGGGCGCUCAUGGCAGCUCGACCGUGGUAAUGGGAAGGCCGGUUGUUUCCACGGCCAAUGGUAGUGUUAAUGGUAACGGUGGUAAGCUAGAGGUGACCAAGGUGGUAUCCGGGGAGGUUACGGUUGACGAGAACGGUUCUGACGGGAUGGUUGCUUCCCUGGAUGCAGGAUCUCGAGAUAAAAUCUCCAAGACCCGAGAUGCCCGAGAUGUCCGAGGUGAUGUCCGAGGUGACGAACUCGGUUCUUGUGGCGAGUUUCUCCGAGGUGUAGUGAGUGGCGAGCUGCUUAGCAAUGGGAUCCCGGGCCAAGGCGAGAAUGGUCUCGUAGGAUUCAAGCCGGGGUCGGACUUGCAAGAGAUAUGGCCGGUGGAGCUCGUGAUGCCGGGCUUGGUCAUUCAUCUGGUUCGUGUUCCAGACGAGGCACCAGGCGCGUCUUCGUCUUGGUUUGCGCGGAGGAAGAAACAGCACCGAGCGAUCCUGAGAGACCGAGAUGAUUUCCGGGACCUCGUGGUGUCUCCCUCGAUGUUCCUGGAUCAUAUGCCAUGGAGGUAACGUCGCCAACCUUGGUUCUUUUC